AUGCACCAACUACAGCAACAACUACUGCCCAAACUACAACAUCUAUUCUGCCACCACCAACAACAACUAUUGCACAAACUACAACAACUACUGCACCAACUACAACAACAACUCCUGUACCAACUCCUGCACCAACAACGACAAUUUCUGCACCAACUUCAACAACAACUACUGCACCAAUUACAACAACAGCUACUGCACCAACUACAACAACAACUACUGCACCAACUACAACAACAACUACUGCACCAACUACAACAACAACUACUGCACCAAUUACAACAACAACUACUGCACCAACUACAACAACAACUACUGCACCAACUACAACAACAGCUACUGCACCAACUACAACAACAGCUACUGCACCAACUACAACAACAGCUACUGCACCAACUACAACAACAGCUACUGCACCAACUACAACAACAGCUACUGCACCAACUACAACAACAACUACUCAGUGCAUAA